GUUUCGUCCGUACAUUCGCACAAAUAGAAAGCGAUAGGUUUUUUAUUCUCAAUACAGAUCUGAAAAUAGAGUAUUCCUUUCGGUCGACUAUUGUUGUAGUGUGUGGUUUUGCCGUCGCAUUUGUUUCGUAUUAUCAUUCUCUCUCUCUCUCUCUCUUUCUUGCUUCUACUUUCUAUCUUCCGUUCGAUUCACUUGUUCGCACGCGGUGCGGUUUUCGUUUGCGCCUGUUGCGUUUUGUUGUCACACUGUUUAUGUAUUAUUUUUUUGAGCAAAAAUUCACAUUCAAAGCAGCCGGAGCAUUUAGCCUCUUGAUAAAUGAUAAGGUCAGUUCAGUUGUUAAUUGGCGCUCGAUUUGAAAACAAGUCUCUAACAAAGAAAUCCACCCGAAUCCAUUAGGCAUCACCACUGCAUCAAAUCUAAUCGCAACAACGACCAACUCACAAUCGAAAGAAAAAUCGAACCAUCGAUGCCAAGCACAUAUUGCCAAGCAAGUGCAUUUUUAUAUUUUACCCUAUAACGGUUCAUUGGAUGUGUUGAAGAAAAUUUGCUGGUUUUUCUUUCUGUGGUGCACAUUUGUGUGAUUGACGUCGACUUUGAUACAGUGCCAUCGUAGCAGGAAUUUUUGUAUCACAGCAUAAGUGACAUUUCAAGUGCUUCUUAAAUAGCGUUCGAUACAACACCAAUUCCUUUCUCAUAGAAAACGCGUUGCCAUUUGAUGAUUUUAAAAGGAUAACCACUAGCACCAACAAAUAAAAUUCUUUAAUUGAUUUUUCGACGAAAAAAUCUAAGAAGCCAUUAGAAAAAACCGCUUGAAAUCAUCUGAGAUUUCACAUUUGUCAUAGUAAAGUGUUGGUCGUGGUUGGUGUAUCGAACAUUUGCUGUAAAUAGUAUUGCUUUUGUUGCUGUGUCGUAUGUACUGAAUUGUGAAAUUUUCGACAAAAUCCACAUAUAUCACUUGUUCAAAAGCAAAACUCCUGCAGCACCGAAAUCUGUUCAUCGGAAAAUAAGCACACAUUCAACAUGACUGGCGGCGAUACACAAACGUUAGUGAAUGAUAGCAGUGGAGCGGUACCGGUAAUCGUGAAAUCACAACCACAAACCCAAAUAGAGAUGCAAACGCAGCCCGCUGCAGCGAAUCCAUUUCAGAGCAAAGAGGAGCGUGGCAAAGCACUUCGACAAGUUAUUGCCGCAUUUAUUGCAAAUUUAGGAACAGUCAAUACCGGUCUUGUGUUUGGGUUCAGUGCUGUUGUGCUUCCGCAGCUGAAACAAGAAGACUCAAUCAUUCAAAUUGAUGAAAAUCAAGCAUCAUGGAUAGCUUCGUUAUCAUCGGCCAGCACUCCAAUCGGAUGCAUUCUAGGUGGCUUUAUGAUGGAUCGAUUCGGAAGAAAGAAAACAUUGUUGCUCACUGAAAUCCCACUCAUCCUUGGCUGGCUGCUUAUUUCGAUUGCGACUGAUGUUCGAAUGAUCUAUGGCGGUCGAUUGCUUAUGGGUUUCGGUUCGGGGAUGGUGGGAGCUCCAGCUCGUGUCUACACAUCUGAAGUAACUCAGCCGCAUCUUCGAGGAAUGCUUGGUGCUUUGGCAUCCGUUGGUAUUAGUUUUGGUGUACUUUUUCAGUAUACAAUUGGAUCAUAUAGAUCGUGGCAAUUUUUGUCGGCCAUAUCGACUUUGAUUCCAACCGCUGCAUUGCUUUUAAUGUGCCUGAUGCCUGAAACACCAAACUACUAUGUGUCUCGCGCCAAACCAGAAAAGGCUGCAAAGAGUUUGUCGCAACUUCGUGGAUCGAAAUACAAUAUUCAACGGGAGGUGGAUCAUUUACAGAGCUUUGCUCAGAAAGCCCAACUGAAUGCCAAAAAAGCAUCAUUCCGUGAAACAUUAAAAGCGGUGCUAAGUCCGGCUGCUCUGAAACCAUUCACCAUACUCGUCAUAUACUUCAUGAUGUAUCAAUUCAGUGGUGUCAACACAAUCACAUUUUAUGCCGUUCAAGUGUUUAAAGUGUCGGGCACCACUUGGGAUAGCAACACAUGCGCCAUUUUCAUGGGAGUUGUUCGAUUACUGUUUACGAUCGUUGGCUGUAUUGCGAUGCGACGUUGUGGGCGACGACCACUUACCUUCAUUUCGAGUAUUGGAUGUGGUGUAUCGAUGGUUUGUCUUGGUAUUUAUCUGCAAUACAAGUACUAUUUAGAUCGACACGAUCCACCCCUUCCAGCCCAGUACAGAUGGUUCCCAGUUGCAUGCAUUUUUUCAUUCACUAUGUGCUGUUGCGUCGGAUAUUUGGUGGUACCAUGGGUUAUGAUCGGUGAAUUAUAUCCACAAAAAGUGCGAGGAUUGGUCGGUGGAAUGACCACAUUUGCUGCUCAUACAUUUGUCUUUGUAGUAGUUAAAACGUACCCAAUGCUAGCACAUAUCUUGGAACAACAUGGCACAUUCAUUCUGUAUGGCGUCAUUUCCCUAGCCGGCACGAUAUUCUAUUACAUCUACCUCCCCGAAACGAAGGGUAAAACGUUACAAGAAAUUGAGGAUUAUUUCUCAGGCCGAACGACCACACUAAAAACGAAAAAGCAGGCAUCAAACUUCAAUAUAAACAUCAAUGCGGCAUCCAACGAGCAAACAUUGACGGUGGAAAAGGAGAAAUUACUUUUGGCCUAAUUCUCCAGCCAGAAAUGAACAAAGGGGAAAAAUCCAACCAUUCAUUUAUGAAGCAAACCGAUUCGUGUGAAUCAUUUUAGAUAGUGUGUGUUCAAAUUUAAAAAUUUUUUUUAGUUAUCAAAUGUAAUUGUUUCAUUUUAUUUUGUUUUAAUUUGUUUUACGAAAUGUGCCUUCAAUUUUAUUCCUUCAACAACAGAAGUAAUCACAUCGCAUAAACAAUCCGAACAAAUUGUAGGCGUUUGCAAAUAUUUUGAAAUUAAACAAAUAAUUACGUGUGAUAAAAGAAAACCGAGAUGCAGCAAGUGUAGCGAAUAUAUACAUAUAUACUUUUGUUUAAUGAUAGUGAGUGUGUAAUGUAUAUAGAAUUGAAUUUUAUACCAGGGCCAAAAUGAAUUAGAGAAAUUGGAUAUUGGUGAUAUUUAAUCGAUAGACUAGAGGCAGAUGUUAAACGUAUAGUGUUCAAUAUAUGAAUUCGAACGGUUUGAAUCGAUAUUGAACGCACAGUGUGCGUCGCACACUUGUAUGUAGUUCCUAUAGCCGCGUGGCCUGUGGCGAUGAUCUGUAAAAUGUCUGGAUUUUUAAAUGUUAAGUCUAAAAUUCAAUAGUAUUUUAUUUUAUUUACCAAGUCAUAUUAUAAUGUAGGUCGUCAGCGAUUAAUUUUUAUAGUAAAAUAAAGAGAAAAAAUGAUGAAAUUUA